UUAAAAACCGUUUGUUUACGUUUAUGCUCGCACCGGUUCGGUUGCACUCAGAAGUUUGUCGUCAUUUUCCAGAUGCACAAAAUUCCAUAACAAAAAUCGCCGUAAAAUGACGCGGAAUACAUUGAAUUUGAUAUUGAAAGUUGUGGUGCUUACGUGCGUUGGAGUGGAACUCGUUUCGGCCGCUGCGGUCAACUACCUGGAACCGGAUGGCGUCAUCGCGUACAAACCGGAUCCCUCGCGGAUCUAUCGGCCGGGUCUGCGAACGUACUGCUACCGCGGCCGGGAGAAGCAACUGGUGCACAUGUUCGAGACGGUGAUUCUGAACUUCGAGUGCGAUCACGAUGAUUUCAGCCAGUAUGAGGGGGGUACGCCGGAGGAAGUCCGGGCCCAUCACGAAACGGAGCAGAGCUUGUUCUCGUUCAAUUUGCUGUCCAACAGCCGGAAGCGGGUGAUCAAGAUGGACCCGUUCAACCAGAGCUGCAUCGGAGUGGUCAGCGGGGAGCAGUACACGGUUCGGCUGAAUCUGAUCCGAAUCGAUUUUUGGCGGGUGAUCAUGCUGACCGCGGGGGUGUUUGUGUUCCUGUCGGCGGCCAAGCUGAGUAACAAUGCGCUGUUCUACUACAUUUGUGGGGUUUUCCUGGGGGUGUUUGCCAGCUUCCUGGUGGUAGUCUAUAUGGCCAGCAAGUUGUUCCCCCGGAAGCCGAUGAUGUACGGAGUGAUGCUGGGCGGAUGGACGCUGGGGAUCUACUUUGCCCAGAUGCUGAUGGACAACCUGAGGUUGAUCUUUGUGACGUACCAGGUAUACGUGUUCUGGUACAUCUUGACGACGGGUUUCAUCAGCUUCAUAAUCUGCUACCGGAUGGGACCACCGAAGAACCAGCGCAGCAAGGACCUCAUCAAGUGGAGCCUGCAGUUGGCCGCCCUGGGGGCGAUCUUCUUUUCCUCUGCAUAUCGAGACGCGACUACCGGAAUUUGCAUCGCCAUGCUGCUAUCUUACUACUUCCCCAAAAGUAUCCUGUUGCGGAUCCGAUCAUUCUACCGACGACGGUUUCCUCCGAAGCGCCGCCUGCUGACCAACGAGGAAUACUACGAGCAGGGCGUCCGGGAAACUACCAAAGCUCUGGAGGAACUGCGAGCCUACUGCAGCAGUCCCAAUUGCAAACAGUGGAACACGGUGCUUAAGCUCCGGGAUCCGUCUCGGUUCGCUUCCUUCAUGGAAGGUUCCUCCCAUCUAAUGGACGAUGAAAUUCUCGAGUACGAAACGUCCAACGCCCACAUGGACAUCAGUGAUGACGAGGACGAGAGUGGCGAGAACGGACAAGGUGAUUCUCCGCUGAUCCUGGCGGACAACUCCGACGAAGAGCAACAGGAUCAGGAGGAACCUCCGCGGGGACGUGUAACACCAACGCGGGGUCCCACCAACUAUCGGAAGUUUGCCCAGCAGCGGUCCUCGUUCCAGAAUGGUGGUAGAAGUCUGGCCAGUACCAGCACUCCGACGAAUCCUGCUGCCUCGGCGAAAACCCGGAGCAGUCGCAGUCGAAGCAGGCAACCGGUGCCGUCCGCUCCGCCACCACAGGACGAAUUCGAGUUUAGUGAAGAGGACGAGUGAUUUUUCUUCGACUAGGAACGGUUAUUUAUUGAAUGAUACUUACAUUUCUCCGCUUCUCGACGCUUUCGUUUUUGUAAAUAGUUACGUUCGAAUUCGUGUUGUCCUUUCUUCUAACCCCUCUUCGAUUAUCACCUUUCACUAUAGACUCGUGUCAAUAAGACACGCUUAGAUUAAACUCAUUUUGCUUUGACUCGAAAUGCUUUUGUGUAUUCUCUCUAACAAUAAUUUCUCUAGUGUGUAGGAUGCCUUUUUGGAAAAGCAACUAUGUGAAAAACCUAAUGAUACUCUUUCGUGGAAUAGAGCUAACUAACUAGGAUAACUAAGAUUUUGUAAAAUUGAAA